AUGGAAAUCAUUACGGAGAAGUUCUACUCGAACCUUUUCCGUUCAUCAACUCCUGUGUCAAGCCCGAUCAUCCCCACUGGUGAAGCUCCACCACGGAUUCUCCCUUCGGAAGUACGAGUCGCUAUCAAAAGCAUGAAACCUGGCACAGCCUCCGGACCCGAUUUUAUAUCAGCAGACUUUCUUCGGGCUGGUGGCCAUCCGCUUCAUGUAAUCUUAGCAGCGCACAUGACAUCCUACCUUCAGAAAGAAAGGAUCCCACACCAGUGGAAGACCUUGCGAACCGUUCUUAUCUAUAAGAAAGGUGACCGAGAGGACCUUCGGAACUACCGUCCGAUAUGCUUGCUGAGCGUGUUAUACAAAGUAUUCACCAAGAUCAUCCUCACUCGCAUAUCUAGGACACUGGAUGAAGCCCAGCCUCAAGAACAAGCUGGACUCCGCCAGGGGUUCAGCUGCUUGGACCACAUCCAGACGGUGUCGAGGGUCAUAGAGGUUUGCCGGGAAUACCGCCUUCCCCUUGUUCUAAUCUUCGUGGACUAUGAGAAAGCCUUUGACAGCGUAGAAACGAAUGCAGUACUGCCAGCGCUGGUCGAUCAAGGUGUGGACGCGUCGUAUGUGAGGACAUUAGCCAAUUGCUACGAUCGAUGCACAACUAGGAUACAGCUUUUCCACUGCCCUCUCACAAUACCCGUUGGAAAAGAGGUACGACAAGGCGAUACUAUAUCGCCGAAGCUGUUCACGGCUGCAUUGCAAUGCAUAAUGAAAUCACUAUCUUGGGAAGAAAGGGCAUACGUGUUGAUGGAAGAUUUGUUUCGAACCUUCGUUUCGUGGACGACAUCGAGCAGUACCAGUGAAGCAGAAACGAUGCUGAACGAAUUGAACGAAGCAGGGAAGAGAAUAGGACUGCGAAUAAACAGGAAGAAGACACAGUUCGUGAAGAACGCCUACUGUGAGGACGGGGGAGUACAACUUGAAGACUCCCAAAUCGUGGAGACUUCGCCAUAA